CGCUUCCCCAUUGUCAGUUAAAAAUCGCCGCUGGACACCAUCUCUUUCUUUCGCUUUCUUCAUCAUCAAUCGCCUGCAAUUCCACUGCUAACCGACCCGUUCUUCUCCCUUUCCAGGUCAGUUCUUUUUCUCGCCACCAUGAUUGUUUCAGAUUCCGAUUCGGCUACCCCAUCGUCCAAUUCUCGCCAAGCCAAUCAAUCGGCCUUUGGUCGUAACCCCGGCCAUACCCAAUCACCCCAGCCGUCGCCGUCGGCCGUGCCCGGCCACAGACGGCGUCGAUUGAGGAAGCAAUUCCCUUCCUCAACCCCGAUAGAUGAGGGCUCGUGGGUUGGAUUGGACGAAAACAUCAUGGCGUUGUGCCAUUGCCAGAUUACUCACCGGGGGUUUGCCGAUGCUACUGACAUGGUUGGACCUUCCAUUGAGGUCCUGAGACCUACCAGCACCCAAACCGCCCUGGACGCUCCUUUAGGGUUCUUCACGGUCCAUCUGGCAUCUUUAAAAAAGGGGCUGCGCUUCCCACUCCACCCGUUGUUGAUCGAAUUCCUCAAUGUGGUGGACCUUGUUCCAUGCCAGUUGGUCCCCAACUCUCACCGGUACAUCGCCGGUUAUCUGGUUCGGUGCAAGGAUGUAGAGAGGUCCAGUAAACUCUUCGCUAGUGACAAGAAGGGGUCAACCAAAGAUUGGAAACCUUUUUUUGUUUUCGUCUCGACGGGGCCCGAAUCUCCUGUCACGGGUUCAGGGCGCCCUUCCUUCCGCCGCAUUCCAUGCCCCCCACCUGAUGCCACCCUUAUAUCCAUCGCUCGCCAACUCUGCAACAAGGGAGUUAUGAACAUCAAAGAGGUGGUGACAGAGGAAACCCUUGCCGGGUUGGGGUUUGAGUUUGUCCAGGAUGAGCUUCGUCACCAACCCGACCUGCUGAGGGACAUUCCCGGGGGGCAUCGGCCUGACCAGCUGAAGGACAGUCCUGAGGAAGGUCUUGACUGUGGUCCUUUUGGAGGAGAGAUGGAUGGCGAUCUCCUACUCAGUCGCUUCACAACUGGGAAGAAGAGGAAGAGAGAAGCGAAGGGCCAAGGCAAACGCUCUUCAUCCCACCACGGGGAAAGUCCUCCCCGAGAGCCGGCUGUAAUUGUGGUGGAGGACCAGGAUGAUGCUACCUGGAGACGGGGUGUUGCCUCAGAGCGACCUCCUUCGCCUCCCGCACUGACCUACGAGAUGGCGACCAAGGGUCGCUCGACGAGGCUCUGCAUUCCUCCUCUGCCCCGAAGCCUAGGGGACGUGCAACUGGAGACCCUGAUCACCCUGCCCGCAGAGGACCAGGCCCGCAUCUCGGCCGGUUCUGAAGACGAUCUUGACAACAUGGUCCUCUUGAGGCUAAGCCAGGCCACGCUGGGGAUGAUUGAGGUGGUCGGCAGGAGACGGGGCCAACAAGCCGCCUUGGGCGAGGCGUUGAAGACAUCGGAGGCCAAGCAGAAGGAAUUACAGGAAGAGAAAGCUUCCCAAGAGAACCGCUGCGUCGCCCUUGAGGCAGACAAGGCCUCCUUGUCCUCGGAGGUAGAAUCAGUUUCUGCUCGCGUGGUCGAGCUAGAAGGGGAGAAGUCUGACCUGAUCGAGCAGUUGGAGAUGGAGAAGGGUGACCGAGCCCGUUGUGUGGAGGAGGCGAUCGAGUCCUUCAAGUCCUCCCCUGACUUCACGACGAUUGCUUUGGAGCAGAUGGACAAGCUGACAGCCGAGUGGCUCCAAACUGAACCUGGGGCUCAGUGGAUGGUCAAGGAGGGGACCAAGUCCUUCAAUUGUGGACUCUUCCGCGCCCAACAGGUCUUCCGCGACAGGCUGGCUCAGCUCCCCAAAGGAUUCUCUCUCCCCGACCUUGGCUUUCCCCCUCCCUGUCGUUCCCUGGCCGAGUUCGACCCCAGUCCUUACUUGGAUGGAGGGAGCUCAAGCGCGUCUGAAGGAGAGGAAGAAGAAGAAGAGGAAGGUGGACAGCGCGACCAGAAUCCAGGGGCCAACUUAGCUACAUCCAAGGCGGGUGGAAAUUCCAGCUCGAGCGCCUAACCUCCCUUGUUGUUUCCCCAUAGUUUUGUAAACACUUGCUCUUUCUUUCCAUUGGAAUGCUUUGUCGUUUUGAUACAAUGCUCCCAUGUUAUUUGACUUUCUGGAUUUACCAUGUGCUCCCCUUUUUCGACGUUUUACUUCAACACUCACUUCUUUAGUUUAGCUGAUUAACAUGGACGU